UACAGACUCUUAGGGCCGCUGUUGACCAGAGUGUAGAAAACUGACAUUAUGUAUGUUUCAGCACCUCCUCUGCUCCCUCCGCAUGAUAAAGAAAGGACUGAACAGAGGAGAAAGAGGCGCUCCUUUUCUGUGCAUCGUUUUAGAAAGAACCGUGGUAUUUUGAACUCAUUUGUGGACUAUCACACAGUAGGGGCAAUUCACAUUGGAUUUGAUCCCCGUUUUACUGAAUAUAAAAAUACCGAACUUGUGUCACGAAUGUUCGCAGGACAAUGGCAAGGCAAGUAACGCUGUUUCUGUUUACGUUCUCUCUCGGUUCGGUUAUCGGGCAGGUCAGCUACACUAUUUCUGAAGAAUUGCCGAAAGGAUCUUUGAUUGGUAGUAUAGCUCACGAUUUAGGCUUGGAGGCGCAGCGUUUUAUUUCUGGCAAAGCUCGGAUUUAUACCCGAGACGGCAGUGAGUACGUGGAGCUCAGCAGAGAAAGAGGACUCCUCCUCGUUAGGGAGAGAAUCGACAGAGAGACGCUCUGCAAACAGACGACGCCCUGUGCUUUGCACUUUCAGAUAAUACUAGAAAACCCGAUGGAAUUUUAUACAGUAACAAUCCAGAUCGCAGAUAUUAAUGACAAUGCACCAGUGUUCAAGAAAAAUGAGGUCGUUUUCAAAAUAAGCGAAUCAGCGGCAAUUGGAGCAACAUUCGUUCUGGAAAAAGCUGUAGAUCUUGAUGUUGGAAUUAAUAGCGUUCGUGGAUACGAACUACAGCCGACGAAUAAUUUUGCUCUAAAGCUUUAUAAUAAUCAACCGGAUAAAAAUGUGGAAAUGGUGUUGCAGAGGCCUUUAGACAGAGAGAAAGAGGAGCAGAUAAAUCUGGUCUUGACGGCUGUAGACGGAGGAGAACCACAGAUGUCAGGUACGAUGCUGAUUGUGAUUACAAUUGUAGACGCGAAUGAUAAUGCUCCAGUAUUUACGCAAAAAACAUAUAAGGCUACUGUUACCGAAAACUCACCCAGAGGGACAGUUGUCGUAACUGUUACAGCAUCAGAUGCAGAUCAAGGUUCCAACAGUAAAAUAACAUACUCUAUUACUUCGAGAAACGACGACGAAAGUAGAAUAUUCGACAUAAAUAAAGAAAACGGUGAGGUUAUGUUAACUGGUAAUCUUGAUUUUGAAGAGUCGAGAAAUUAUCAUCUUAAUCUUGUAGCGAGUGACGAUGGUGGACUCACUGAUUCGUCAAAAUUAAUUGUUGACGUUCAAGACACAAAUGACAACACUCCGGCAAUUAACAUAAUGUCAAAGUCAAACGUAAUUCCAGAGAACGCUGACCUAAAUACCGUUGUUACCAUGAUAAAUAUUGAGGACAGAGACGCAGGAGAAAAUGGGAAGGUGCAUUGUUACACUAGUCAAAAUAUACCAUUUAUGCUGAAGUCAUCAACGAGUAAUUUCUACAGUUUAGUGACAGACAGUGAGUUAGACAGAGAGAGCGCCUCAGAGUAUAAUAUCACACUGACCUGUUCUGAUGAAGGUGUGCCCUCCCUCUCCAGCAGCGUAACUCUCACUUUGCAGAUAUCUGAUGUGAAUGACAACGCACCUGUAUUUCAGAGGAGCUCAUAUGAGGGCUACAUUGUAGAAAACAACACACCAGGUCUGUCUAUAUUUAUUGUGAAAGCCAAAGACGCUGAUUGGAAUCAAAAUGCCCGUGUUUCUUACAUAUUGGAGGAGUCCUCUAUUAACGGAGUGCCUGUCUCCUCAUAUGUAUCUGUUAGUGCUGAUAGUGGAGUCAUCCAUGCAGUUCGCGCUUUUGACUACGAACAGAUCAAAGAUUUUCAAUUCUGCGUUAAAGCGCAGGAUGGAGGCUCUCCUCCUCUCAGCAGCAACGUGACUGUGAAAAUCCUGAUCCAGGAUCAGAAUGAUAAUCCACCUCAGGUUUUGUACCCAGUCCAGACUGGUGGCUCCAUGGUGGCUGAAAUGGUGCCUCGUUCAGCAGAUGUGGGCUACCUGGUGACUAAAGUGGUGGCUGUGGAUGUGGACUCUGGACAGAAUGCCUGGCUCUCCUAUAAACUCCAGAAAGCCGCAGACAGAGCGCUGUUUGAAGUGGGCUUACAGAAUGGAGAAAUGAGAACUAUCCGUCAGGUGACUGAUAAAGAUGCUGUGAAACAAAGACUGACUGUCAUAGUGGAGGACAACGGGCAGCCCUCUCGUUCAGAUACAGUCAUUGUUAGCGUGGCGGUGGCGGACAGCUUCCCUGAAGUGUUGUCGGAGUUCACUGACUUUCCACACGAUAAGGAAUACAAUGAAAACCUGACUUUUUACUUAGUGUUGGCUCUGGCUGUGGUUUCUUUCCUCUUCAUCACGUGUUUAGUGGUUAUUAUAUCAGUAAAGAUCUACAGAUGGAGACAGUCUCGCAUCCUGUAUCACUCCAGCCUCCCUGUGAUUCCAUAUUAUCCACCUCGUUACUCAGAAACUUUGGGAACAGGAACUCUGCCACACGUGUACAAUUACGAGGUGUGCAGGACGACUGACUCCAGAAAGAGUGACUGCAAGUUCGGAAGAGUUGAUAGUCAGAAUGUGUUAAUAAUGGACCCCAGUUCAACAGCAACGAUGCAGAGGAUACAGAAUGAGAAGAACAUCCUGGAUGAACCUGACUCUCCUCUUGAGGUUGGUUAUAAUAAUCAGCUGCAAUUCAUUUAAUUUCUGCACGUUUCGUUUUCAUUUGUUUUUUUUUUAUUUCCUCCUUUUUUGCAUAGUUCCAAAGCAAUAACGUUUU